CCACUCAACAUCCAGUUUUGUGCCAAUGACCUGCUCACAUUCACAGAAGCGAUCCAAGAAUACCAUGAUGCUGUUGAUCUGAAUCUAGGAUGUCCACAAGACAAUGUGAGGUCUGCCCACUAUGGAUCAUUUUUACAGGAUGAGUGGGAGUUGAUCCAUAAUACUAUCCCCCUCAUCAUAUCCUUGUGUAUACACACCACAGUCAAUGCACCUCAUGAUGGCCAAAUUCCGAGUUUUUCAUCAACUGAAAAAACCAUUGUUUAUGCACAGAUGCUUGAGAACACCUGUGCCCAAACCCUCAUGUGUCACAGCCGCAUCUGUCAACAACGUGGUCAUAAUACCAGUCUCGCAGAUUGA